AGAUCAGUGAAUCUGCGCAGAUGGCGUCCUAAAAGACGGGCUGAGUAAUUUAUUUAAAAUCAAAAUGGCGACCGUCAGCGAUUACGAGUCAAUUCUGUGUGUUAAACCUGAUGUAAAUGUUUACCGCAUUCCGCCACGGGCAACGAAUCGUGGCUACAGAGCUUCGGACUGGAAGCUGGACGCGCCUGAUUGGACGGGACGUAUGCGCAUAACUGCGAAAGGCAAAGUGGCAUACAUCAAGCUGGAGGACAAAAUCUCUGGGGAGCUCUUUGCACAGGCACCCGUGGAAGAAUAUCCUGGCAUCACCGUGGAAACUGUGAGCGACUCCAGCCGCUACUUUGUCCUCCGAAUACAGGAUGAUAAUGGUCGCAGUGCAUUCAUUGGUGUUGGGUUCGGGGACAGAGGAGAUUCCUUCGAUUUCAAUGUGGCUCUUCAGGAUCAUUUCAAGUGGGUGAAACAGGAAAUUGAAAUUAGCAAACAAUCCCAGCUUCCAGACACAGGACCAAAGUUGGACCUAGGCUUUAAAGAGGGACAAACCAUCACUCUCAAUAUCGGGCAAAGCAGAAAAAGGGACAAACCCCGCCAAACAGGGUCAGGUGGACUAGGUCUCCUUCCUCCUCCACCUGGGGGCAAGAUAGCCCCGCCCCCUCCCUCUGGCUCUUCCAAUCACAACACAGAGCCACUCACGGGAGGUGGAGAUACUGGUUGUUUAUUAGAUCUAGAUAGCAGUAAUUCCAACUCAGUGGUCCAGUCAAACCACAGUUCUGACCUUUGGGGAGAUUUCUCCACCUCUGCAAGUUCACUCCCACAACCAGCUCAACAGGACUCUUCCUCUACCAGCUGGGUUAAAUUCUGAAACUUCACCCAUUUUCCUUUCUGUCACUCUUUCCACCUUUGUCUACCAUUUCUGCUCCACUCAAACAGGAACUAUGUUCACAGUCAUCUACAAUACACCGGCCACUCUUACAUUAAUUUGCAUCAUGAGUAUUUAUGACUGAAAACUUUACGAGGCUUAGAACAAAGAAAACUGUAUGAAAAUGUUGGAAUUCGUGGAGUCUUAACGCCACUACUAACCCUAAUUUAAGCUAAAUAAUAGUUUUGGAAAAGGUAAUGAUAACAAUAUUAAUAUAUGCGGUAUGUAUAAUGUAAAUAAUUACCACUGUACAGUACAUAUAUAAGUUAACAUAGUAGGAUAUAUUUAGUCAGUAUUUAAUAUAUUUAACUUUUUCCUGAAAUGUCAAUUCAGGUUUUAAGUUCCAAGUGUUGACUAAGGAUCAGCGUACUAGAGGGAUUUGUAAGAUCCCUACAUUUAAAUUAUGGUUUGGCCAGAUCUGUUGGGUUGUAUUAGGUAGCUUGUUUAUUUGUUUAGCAGAUGUCGUUAUCCAGAGCAGCUUACACAGAUUUAUUUUUAAAUGCUAUUCAUAUUGGAUAUUUUACUGAAACCAUUUGAGGUAUGCAUCUUUCUCAUGGGUACAACUGCAGUGCACCAGCUGUGAUGUGAACCUGCAGAUUCCAGUAUCUUAACCACCAUGUUACACUGCCCCCCAUGUGUUACGUCCAAUAUGGCAGAAACCUCCAGUAUGAUGAUCCUUUGUAUUGACAAAAAAACGAGUUUCUUUGUGGUCACACUGAAACGUACCAAGAGCUAUUUUUCAAUUGGCAAUAAAAAUAGAUGGCCCUCCAUUGUCCAGUGAGGAGCAAUGGACUAACAUGUCAUAAUCUUCUGUUCUGUGUUACUAAGACUGGUGGCUUCAGAACGAACAGUAAUCAUUUGUUUGGAGAUUUAAGGGAGUUGAUAUGCUUACUUUGUUAACCUUAUAUACCUACAUUGUGUGGUCAUAUGCUCAAGAGAGUGUGUUCGUGAUCGUAUACAUAUUCUGUGACUUUUCUUAUGACCCAGUGUAUUACAGUAUAAUUAAGUACAAGCAAGCACAUAAAACAGUACUUCAUUUAUUUAGGUUGGAUUAAUGUUGGAAAGAUAUGUACCAUAGACAGUAAAUGUGCUGAUAAAGUUAUUUCAGCUGGGCCUGUUACUGAGCCAAAAUAAAUACACUAACACUUGCAGAUAUGGUAAAUAUGCAUUUCCCAGAAGAGAACAGCCAUUUGAGCAGUCAUUUAUCAGGUUAACCUGGAGCUCCAUUUGGAUGAAAGAACUGGGCUGUUAUUCAUUUGGUCUGUGUUAUGGUUCUCUUCACUGUGUCCACUAAGUUUUACAUUAAUAAUUCAUCAAUCUGCCUGUGAUUCCAAAAACACUGUAUGUAUAUUGACUGUACUGAGCUGUAUACGAAAUGACCAUGCUGAAAAUAAAUGGUUAUUAACUGA